AAAAUUUAAUCUUCCCCUCCCCCUUAAAAACAACUACACUCAAAUAUACUAAUUGAAUUGGCAUAGGAAAAAGUACAAAAAAUCACGUAGUGCUGACAAAUUUUUACAUAUAAUUAUUACGGAAAGAAAAUGUUUAAAACGUUCACUAAUUUUGAAUUCGCCAUCAUAGUCAGCGUUUUACCUGCUGCUUUUCUGUAUCUAUGGACGUUGAUUGCCGGUGAUUUAAACAAUUUCUCCGGAAGUCGCAAGAAGCUCGACAGCUAUACGGCGAAAGAUAUGGUGAAUUGUUAUCAAAGUUACACUGGACACACAAAUGGAGAUGUCAAAAAAACUGACUAACUAGCAAACAUUUUUUAGUUAAAUACAGUAUUUGUACAAUUUUAGUAUGUACCGCUUUGCACACAUUUACACCGCUUUUGAAAUACAUAUAUACAAACUAUUUUUAAAAUUGAAA